GAUGUCCCGUGAUCACAUGGAUCACACAGUCAUUCCCAUUAAGGAAGCUGCUGAGCUCCACAAGGAAAAGCUGCAGAAAGCCAUGGAAACCCUUCAGUAACAGUUGGAUGAAAUGUCUCCGUGUCAGAGAGAAGAAGGAGCAGCUCAACUGGAAGUGAAGAGACAAGCCGAGCGUCUGAGGAAGAACAUCGAGGCUGAAUUUGCUAAACGUCACCAGCUGCUGACCGAGGAGCAGCGAGACCUGAUCACCAAACUCAGACAGCAGGAGGAAGCCAUCUUAGGACAAAUAGAAAACAAUAAGACCAAACAAAUUACUUCUAUUAACCAGAGAAUAGCGGAAAUCCAGACAAGAUUGACUCUCCAGAACAUCGGAUUCCUGAAGAAUAUCAAAUCCAUCAUUGUCAGGUCUGGUGUUGACAUCAAGAAACCCACAAAAGUGUCUGUUGAUGUGGCUGAGAGGGAUCUCAUUGGGUCUCUGCAGAGCAGAGAGUGGAAACUCCUGUUAAAGGGCAUCACUGCAGCUCCAGCCUCUCUGACUCUGGAUCCUAACACAUCCCAUUCCCGGCUCAUCCUGUCUGAGACCAGACCCGAGUGAGAUACAGUGACAGAGAUCAGCAGCUUCCUGACACCCCGGAGAGGUUCAGUUUCUGGCCCAGUGUCCUGGGGUCUGAGGGGUUCACAUCAGGGAGACAUUACUGGGAGGUGGGGUUGGGAAACAGCACACACUGGAUAGUGGGAGUGGCCCGAGAGUCUGUGCUUAGGAAGGGGAAUUUCACACAUGGACUUGAGGCUGGAGUCUGGGCUGUGGGGCUGUACAAUGGUGAAUAUGUAGCUCUAACCUCACCUCCUACGCCCCUCCCUGCGGGAGGACAGGUGUCGGUGUACGACGCUGAACACAUGUCUCAUCUCUUCACUUUCAUCCACACGUUCACUGGGAAACUUCCCUUAUUUCAGCAUUAUUUGUGGAGUCCUGUAGCUCAGUGGUGAGAGCACUCGCUUUGCAA